UUGGAGUAUACUACCUUAUAGACUAGCUGACAGCCCGAUAAAUCACGACUGAUAUUUGUCAAUGUGUGCAUUAGCUCACGACUCGUCAAUCAAAAUAUUUUACAUUAAAAAUAAGUUCACUUCCCUUUUAUAUCUCACUGUAUAAAUGAUUUGAGUUUUCUUUACUUUUAAUUCCGCCACAAGGCAUCCUCAGGACGUGUUGUCUCGCCAAAAUCUGGCACGAGACUCAAUUUUGGCGAGACAACACGUCCUGAGGAUGCCUCGUGUAGAGGCGAAACACGUGUCGAAUUGUUUAAAGACAAAUAUUGGCGGAAUUAACACUAAAGAAAACUCAAAUCAUUUAUAUGUAUAAUUAUGGAUUUCCGCAAAGUAAAGUCUACUUCAAUAAAUUAUCUCACUGUAUCGGAGAUUAGAGAUAUUCUUCUCCCUCGCACUUCUUGUAUGUCUGUAUAUUAUAUAUUUAGUAUAUUGUAAGUAUACGUUCCGAUAAUUGCAAUGCGUCAUGUAUGUUAUGUUAGCUUUCAAAUGGGGGUCAUUUAGCCUUUCCUUUUAGCAAUUAUUAUAGAUCACUAGGAGACAUAUUUGAGGGUGUUUUAAUAAAAAAAAUUGACAGUUAUUAAAUAUUGAAACAUAAAUCUGUCAAACUCUCGAUGUAAAUGUGAAAUCGACCUGUCAGUGUCAUGGAGAAUUUGGCGAUAUUUCUUCCCCUUUUUCUCUCCUUAGAUUAAGAUUUUGCUCGCCCACGCCUUACAAUUCACGUGGGUUUAGUUGAAAUCUGCGUUAGAUUUAUUUAUAAAAUAAUUUGUAACUUUGAUUAUUUUUAUUCUGACAAGUAGUUUAGAUACUAGAUUUUAUAAAUUAAUUUUACAAAGUGUUCACUCGAUUUUAUACUGUUUUCUUACACACUUAAAAUAAUACGGAUUUGCCCCCCUAAAGGCCUCAUGUAUUAUUAAUAGAUACCCUCCAUAAUAGUUAAGUAAAAAAACAUAUAAACGAUAAUUACCGUUACACUUGGAUUAUUCAUCUACACCAAACAAAAACUCUUUCUACUUGGGGUCUACCCCAGCCUACUUCUGCAAAAGCCACAAUAGAUGAAAAAUAAAAUACUUCAGCCUAAAAGCGCCUACAACUGACGUAACAUAAUUAUGGUUACAAUUUAUUUAUUUAUUUAGAUAGUUACACCAACAACACAUCAUUAUAAAAUUAAAAUUUUAGCAAGUACACAAGGGAUAGUACAAUAUGAUAUGUCUUUACAGGUGUAAACAACAUUUACAAUAGCGCGAAAACAGUAACAAAGUUGAACAAUUAAAAUUAAAGAAAUGAAGAGUUAAACAAAAAUGAUGAUAUUAAAUGACUUAAAUACAUUACUACUUUAAAAAAAGAGAUUUAUAAAAUUUAUAACUAUACAACAAUAUAUUAGUUUAUUUCUUAUAUUUAACUUACAUAACUAAGAUCUUAAUAUUUUAAUGCAGUCGGUUUUAAAUUUAUUGAUAUUAGUCAUAUGAAAAAUAUCUAUAUUACCAUUUUUUGCAGUGAUAUCGUUAUAAGAGCUCAUAAUUCUGUUUAAGGGGGCGUUUUUACCUAUAUUAGUUCUGCUGAUUGUUGGGCUGAAAAUAUUUUUAACAGGGAAUCUUGGUCUAUUUUUUUCUCUGUUGUCAAACUACUCUGUGAACUCCAUACAAUUUGGAUUCUGUUGGCAUGCUGAAAACACUUAUAGAGAAGGCAUGCAACUUGUCUAUGCUUAAAUUUGGAUUACUAGUUUCGUGAUAACCUAUUCACCAGUAUUGUUAAUUAUACAACCUGCACGGUUUUGAGAUUAUGUUGCACUUUUCUUUUACAAUUUCAAUUAUUUUUCAAUAAAUGGUCAUGUACCUAAUAUAGUUAAAAAAUGCGUUUCAUUCAUGGCCUCCUAGAUUGUUGUCAACAGUUAUUAAAAUGUCGAUUUACUUUGAGUUCGAUGUUGGAUCAACUGGCAGGAGAUUCAGAAGGGCUGUGGAGGAAGAUAGAAAAGAAGUUGAGACUAUUUUGAGCGAUGAUAGUUAUUAUGAAAAGGUGUUUGGUAAAGUAGAUGUUGGUUGCUUGAUUGAAAUAUCAACUUUAUCGAUAUGUAUGAUCAAUGAAAACAAAGAUGUGAUUGGUUUCGCCUCAUUUUGUGACCACCCUAAUGUACCAGGAAUAGAUCCAUCAGAUUGGGAAACGUGGAUGAGGAAUAUGUAUCAGAAGUAUUAUUUGUCACGCAACACCUUGUUCAUCCACGCCAUGGGUUGUCACAAUUCCGUGGAGGAGUUCUUUCUGGCGGAAGCUAUGAUGACGGUGUUCAAUAACGACGCUUAUCUUCAACAAAUAGUGCUUAUGCCGCCCCCAGAUUGCCCCCGAGAAUUUAUCAUGAAGCAUCCGAUUUUCAAAAAGCAUAACAUUUCAAGAUAUUGCGCGAAACGUGAAGAUGAUAAAGAGCACGGAUAUCACUAUUUCUACGCGACUAACCGGCAAGAUAUUUGCCCAAAAUUACGAAUUCGCCGGGCUGUUGAAGAAGAUAAUGGUGAUAUAGUGAAUAUACUAGAUAAGAAUAAUCAAAGGUUACGUGACUUAUACGGAAAUUACUACAUUAGCGAAGUUAUUGGUCGACAUCCUGAAAUGAAUAGGAAAAUUAUUGUAGCCGAUCUCAAUGAUCGUGUUGGUGGUGUUAUGUGCUUGAAUUCCGACAUUGAUUAUGCAAAGCUUCAAAAUACUUACGAGCUCGAUCCUUACCAUGGUCUCCAAAAGGCGACACCACUCGAGAAGGAGCAGACCAAGAGAAAGAACACGUUACUUCGCGCUUUUGGGUAUCGAAAUUUCAAACCUGAAUUCCUACAAAUAUUUUGUAUUUAA